GUAAUUCGCAUUUUGCAUCCAUUUUAUUUAUUGCUACUACUAAGAAAGCACUAACCGUGAAGGCAUAAAAGCAAACAUUUUCUGGAGACACAUGAGGUGACACAAAAGUGUCGAAACUUCUUUAAGGAUAAAGGCCUGAUGUUAGGCAUGUUGUGAACACAAAACCAAUUUCUGUGUAACCAAAUUUAAAAGAGUUCUAUUAAAGGGGAUAAAUGGAAGAUAUACCGCAAAACGUAAAAAAUGAUUACUUAGGUGAUAGGGUUAUGUCUGAUUUUUGUAUUUGACUCAUCUGCAUUUAUAAAUUUUAUUUAAUAAGCCUUAAUUUCCUAGGCCAUAUAUCAUAUACAAAUAUUAUAAAUGAUACCUAACUUAUAGGUAUUAUAAUAUGUAUAUAUACAUAAAUGUAUGUGUAUUUAUAUAUGCGUGUGUGUGUGUGUAUUCUUUCAGAAAAGCAAAGUUUUCUUUGGGCUUUAAACACACGCACCCUCUGGUAAAGGUGCUAUUGGUACAAAAGUUCAAUAAGCAUAGCUCCAAGCGUUGGCAAUUUUCUUACACUUUGCUAAUACUGCUGUCCAUGAACUAAGAGAUUUUCAAAGCAGCCACCAUUGCAUUAGUGCAAUGGUUAAUAACAAGGAAGAGAAGAGUGUGGUCUGAGAUUGUAUAAAUGGUUUCUCAAUCUUGAAUCAUAAAUUUUCUCCAAGGAAGUUUCUAAAGAAGCCCAAAUAGUGUCCAUUAUUUCUGAAAGGAACAGGAGGAUUUUUUUUUUUUUUUUUUUUUUCUAAUCAUAAAAUGGACCCAGACAUCUCAGCCUUUUGGUGUAAUCUGGGUAUCAGUAAUCUGGAUAUCAGAUGCAAUCAGGGAACAGCCUGAGUUUUGGAGUUAGAUCUGAGUUCAAUCCCAUUUCUGCCAUUUACUAGCUGUGUGAUCUUGGUUGAAUUACUGAAGCUCUCUGAACCUCAUUUUGCCAUCUGUAAAAUGGGGAUGUGGUCAUCUUCCCCACAACAUGGCUCUCCUGGGAAUCCACGGAGAGCACAUUUGUAAACAUUUCUCUCGCUAUGCUUGGCACCUUGUUGGGGCCAAAAAAAAAAAAAAAAAAAAAAUCCAUGGACUCUCAGAGGCUCCGGUACUCCAGUGAGCCUCCUGGAUCCACGUCUCUUCGAUUGGCCAUCCGCAAGCUGGCAUUUCUGAGCGAGGGACUUUUCAAAACAGGUUGCACAAGUUUCUUGGCCAGUAAUAGGCGCCGGGUUCUGUGUGGAGGGAACAGGUACCACCCCAGCAGGAGACCAGGCAGAAACAACCAUGGGAGUGCAAGCUAAGAAAGGGCAAAGAAGAAAGAGAAGGGCAGAAAAACAAAACAAAAUGAAACCACUCAGGCAACGACUUACAGUGUUAAGGAGAGAAUUCCCGGAAGGGAGACGACAGUUUCUUUUUCUGGGUGACAAUAAAAAAAGGUAAACAAGCCUCCAGAAACUCAUUCAGCCCCCAUAUAACUUUUUCGAGAAAGAAACAGUCCCGUUCUUCCGAGCCCUUCGGUUUAACCACUGCUUCGGGGCUGACUUAUUUCCUACGUCUGAGAACUGCCAGAAAAUGAGCAAUAUCUGUUCUGAAGGCUGCAGACUCUCUCCCCGCCCCCGCAGGGCGGCGCGCGCUCACCCACCAGCGCCGCAGCGGAUCCUUGGCUUGGCUUGUCAGGGCUUGUCCAGGAGUUCCGCUCCUCUCUCCAACCGGGGUUCUCCUCCAGCGACCCUAAAGCUUCCCAAACUUCCGUUUCAAUUCCUGUACGCCCCCCACGCCCACCUCUACGUGGAGCACAGUGGGGAGUGCCGGAGCUGCCCCGCCUGCUCCGCGGGGUCAGCACUUCGCAUCAAGUCCCUAGAAAAGCGAGUCCUCCAGCGUUCUGAGCACCCGGGCCGGAGGGAAGAUCCUAACAGCCCCCGGGAGCCAGUCUCCAACGCCUCCGGCAGCAGCCCGCCGCUCCCAGGCUAGAGAGCAUAAGCAUUGCCUGCAGCCUAACAUCUUGGCUUCUCCAUGAAGAAUACCAUAUUUUUAAAACUUUCCAGAAAAUAACUCAAAAUGAAUCAUUGGAUCGGGCUCUCCCCUCCCAUGGUCUCCCAUUAUUGCCUCUGAUCAGGCCUGAAGGUGAGAAGAUGUCUUUCUCUCUUUCUCUCACUUUAGCUCUUGCUCUUGUUCUCCCUUUCACUCUGUCUCUUCCUAUAUGACUUGCCCAUUUAGACAGGCCCAGUGGUUUCAUGAAUAACUAAA